AUGGCGCGCAACUCCGAGAAAGCCCAAUCGAUGCUCUUCCGCUUCCGUGAAGCGCAAGCCGCGGACCUAGGCAUCAUCGACGCCGGAAGGGCAAGGCGCCCGCGCGUCAUCACUGAGGUUGACUCGAUCCCAGCCUGCGAGAAGUGGCGCGGCCAAGUGCUCAAGGAGAUCUCGCGCAAGGUGUCACGUAUCCAGGACCCGGCGCUCUCUGACUACCAGAUCCGUGACCUCAACGACGAGAUCAACAAGCUCAUGCGUGAGAAGCACAUGUGGGAGGUGCAGAUUCGCAACCUCGGUGGGCCGAAUUACAUGCGAGGAGGAGGGAAGGUAUAUGACGAAGCUGGUCGUGAGAUCCCCGGUGCGGGGAGAGGGUACCGGUACUUUGGGCGGGCUCGAGAGCUGCCGGGUGUGAAAGAAUUGUUUGAAGCGGCGGCAAAGGCCAAACGCGAAGAAGAGGAGAAGCCUCUGGAGGAGAGGGCAGAUCUCAGACGGCAGGUGAAUGCUGCGUAUUACGGGUAUGCCCCGGGGGAGGAGGACGAUGAAUUGCUGGAAUAUGAGCGGGCUCGUGAAGAGCAGGCACGCAAAGCGUUGCAGAAAGCUGGGCCUCCUGAUGCUCCUCCUGGAUGGGAGCCAUUGCCGGGAGAUACAGGGGAUGGACGGGUUUGGGAGCUUCCAACGCUGGAGGAGGUGCAGAGAGAAUUGAUCGAGAGAAGAAGACAGCGGUUGUUGGAUCAGCUAUAG